GGUUCGCUGAUCCACCGGCCAUCGCCCCAUCCUCAAUUGUGUUCUCUCGCCAUUUUCACACCAUUUUGGUCGUGGUCGAAAAAAGUUUUAUUCCCUCGGUGAAGGGCAAGAAAAAAAAACGUGCCCUGUUUGGUAUGGUUCUCCUGUCGGAAAUCUACUGCCCGGAGCAGAUUGUGAUACCGGAAAACUUUAACAACGUGCUCAAACUUUACGCCAAAGCUGUCAUUCGUACGCAACCGUUUGAUUUAUUGCGCUGGUCGGCCGCUUAUUUCCGAUGUUUGGCAACGGAUCGGGUGCCACCCAUUAAACCCCGCUAUGAACCGGAAGCUCGCGCUGGGCGGCUGACGGCGGGUGCUCUGCGGGUGCUAAUCGAUCAGCUCGGUAAAGGAUAUUUUGUGCAGAAGCGAACCCUUCUGGAGAAAUGGCAAGGAUUGUGUCUGCCGGAAGACGAUCUGCUGAAUAUCCUGUCGCUGCUGAGGAUGCUAGACUGGCCACACUUGCACUGGCUGAAGAUUGUGGCUGUUUUCAUUGGUCUGCUCAGUGACAGCCUUGUGCGAACGGCCGAUAUGAUCUGCGAGCUGCUGUCCGAGGAACCGGAAGGAGGCCCGUCUCCGAUUCCGCUUUGGAUGUUCAAAGAAUGCUUUCUGACCGUGGCUCGGCUCGAUUGCGACUCGGUGCAAACGUUCGUCGAUGGGCGAAAAGUUUUGGACGGAGGAUUGCUCGAGCGGAAGCAGCCGAUGACAGAGAUGCCAAAAGUUCUAUCAACAAUUUCGUUUAAAAAUGCCAUCAUCGACAAGUACAAGAGUGUCAUGGGUGUCGAUACAAAAUCCACUGCCGCCGAUGCCGAACUACUCUCCACAGAUGACCGCUUCUCGGAAAUAUCCACGGUCCCCUCCCGUUUAGAUUCCGAUUUCAAAUUUGUUGGCGAUGAGACGGAUCCACUCGAGGUGCUACGGCGGGCACCAGAUUUCGACAGUGUAAUCGUUUUGCUGGGAAAUCUCCGCGAAGACAAACUCCGGCAGCAGCUUAGCUCCGUCAGUAUUCCGGAGGCGAAACUUGUGCAUGCCAAGGAGCGUGCUCAGCGAAUUGAGGACUUGCGCGAGAGUCUACCGGAGUAUGACUACGAGAAGCUGAUGGAUGCCGAAAAGCAGCAGCUAUUGAAGGACAUGGGGCCACCCUGGUUGUUGCUGUAUCUGUUCUCGCGGACCGCCGGUCCCGGUCGGUCGUAUAAUUAUGUCGAUGAAACCUCGAUGGAGAAUGAAUUGCUAGAUGAUUACUCAAACUAUAGUUUUGAUAUGGCGGGAGCCGACAAACUGGAACGCAGUCCGGAACCAGAGGAGGAAGUAGAAGCUACACCAGAUGCUGAUCAUGAGCCUGAACGUCGUCGGUCAAGUUAUUCACUACCGGCCUCGGUGCGCUCGCGGAUGAGCUCGGUACAUUCUUCCGCCACACGUAUCGCUAAUGAAGUUCUGUCCAGGGUUAUCUGUAUGGUGGACGAGGCGAUAAUCGAUGGGGAGUGUGAGCUGUCGGUUCCUUCCAUUGCCAGCUUCGUCGAACAGAAAAGUCAAGUGGACGCGAGCAUCAGCGAGCAUGAUUACAAUACGUUGCGUGAUUUUUUAGAGGAAGCCGAUAAAAAAGAUCUCGAGGUGAAGGAUCUCAACCAGUUGUACCAUUUCUUUGUUGGCGAAAGCUUCAAGUCGUCAGGCUACGAAGCACAGCGUAAGCGUAGUCAGGAGAUAACUUCUAUCUUCGAGGCCAGCGGAAUUGAAGUGGACAACAAACUGCUCGAUGCGCAAAUUUCCGAGAACAUGAUCCUCGGAUUGGUUCCUGAAGAACAGACACAGGAAAAGAAGAGAACUUUGGAACCAACUUCCGAGCCAGAGCCAAAUGCUGCCCCUCUGGUUGAGGGCUCGAUUCACAGUGAAGCGAAACAAGACCACGAAUCGUUGCAAGCAGUGAUAGAAGUCGAGGAAGAACAUAAUGAGUCUGAAGAACCGAAUGAACCUGAAGAAGAUGAACCAGCGCCAGAACCGGAAGCUGCCCCGCCCGAAGUGGCCACCCAAACAGAGCCUCUGAGCGUGAAAUGUACCGAACUGAUGCGACGGAAGACGCUAACGAGGAGCACGGAUCUUGCGGUGGAAUACAGUUGCAAGAUUCCACGGCUGCCGGGGAUAGGGCCGCCAUUGGCCGAAGAAAUCAUUGAAACGUUUCUGGCUUAUUUGGCCAAAAGAGCUGUCCAUCAGCAGGGAUUGAUAUAUCCAAGGAAUUUCCGAGAGCCGCCCUGUCCUAAAAUUGCGGAAGUGUAGUUGGAGCGCAUUGAAUGGUGCCUCAUCACUUUUUUUUUUAUAUAAACGAUUAGUGGUUAGUGUUCAUGUGGAAGAUAGUAGAUGUGAAAUAUAAUUUUGAAAAC